GAGAGAGAAAGAAAAGAAAGGAGAAAACGCAACAUAUACAUAUAUACAUAUACUUGCAUACAUACAUAUACAGAGAAUAUGUGGCGAGAGUGGAAGGCACCAAUGGCAGUGAUAUUACUGCAGUUUGGGUAUGCAGGGUUAUCUAUAACAGCCAACUUUGCUCUAAGACAAGGCAUGAGCCCUCAUGUUCUUAUAGUCUAUAGACAUGCCAUUGCCACUCUCUUCAUCACCCCUUUUGCCCUCUUCUUUGACAGGAAAGUGAGGCCGAAGAUGACUUGGCCCAUAUUCAUCAAGAUAGUGUUUCUGGGUUUGCUAGAACCCACGAUUGGUCAGAACUUGUUCUACACUGGCAUGAAGUACACCUCGCCAACUUUCACUUCGGCGAUGAGCAAUGUUCUUCCUGCUUUUGCUUUCCUUAUGGCUUGGAUUUUCAGGCUUGAGAAGGUUGAUAUAAGGAGAGUACACAGCCAAGCAAUGAUUAUGGGGACCAUAGUAACAGUUGGUGGGGCAAUGGCGAUGGCACUGGUAAAGGGACCAAGCAUGGACAUACCAUGGGUUCAUAAUCACCACAAAAUCCAUGAUAUGUACUUGAAUUUGUUACAACAACAAUCUCAUCAGACCAAAUCAACCACCAGCCAUGAUCCCACCAAAGGCGCACUCUUUGUUGCAAGUGGUUGCCUAUGUUGGGCAGCUUUCACCACUCUUCAGGCGCUGACACUGAAGGCAUAUCCUGCAGUGUUGUCGUUAGCUGCAUGGAUAUGUUUUAUUGGGGCAACUGAAGGUUCAAUUGCCGCUCUUGUCAUGGAGAGACACAACAUCUCAGCUUGGUCUUUACACAUUGAUAUCAAGUUGUUUGCAGCUGUCUAUUCCGGAGUAAUCUGCUCCGGAGUUGGGUAUUAUGUGCAGGGGAUGAUAAUGAGGAAGAAAGGUCCGGUUUUCGUGACCGCAUUUAAUCCACUGAGUAUGGUAAUUGUGACCAUCAUUAGCUCACUUGUGUUUCAUGAGGGUAUCCACCUGGGCAGGGUGACGGGAUCGAUCUUAAUCGUUGUUGGCUUAUACUUGGUCCUGUGGGGAAAAAGCAAAGAUCAAACGGAAGCUUUGCCGAAUUCGGACAUUGAGAAGACGGCAGCAACCAAACACCGCAACAAGAUUUACAAUGAAAACGAGGAAAGAUCUGACGAAGAAACGAGGGCGAUUGAGAUCGGACCCAAGAGAGUGGAAGAUGAAUGUUGUGUGUGAUCCGCCUUAUUAUUAAUUUAUAAAAUUUAUCUUAAUUUGAAUUAAUCGAUAUUUU